UAUCGACAUGCCAUUUUCUCUCAAGUGAAAUGAAGGAGAUGAAGAACUUUGCCGUUUUUGGUAAAAAGCUAGAGAGCUUUUAUAGAAAUUCAUGCAUAGCUUUAAGUCGUUCGCUAUUUCGUGUCCUGCUCUUUCAUUCAAACCCUUUCUGUUUCCAGCUUUUUUAUUUCCUAACGGUCUCUCUUUUUGGUUAUUUGGCUUUGAGGGUAACAAAGCCAAGAACAAGCACAAACACUUCUUUCAGGCCCAAAGAUUAUGAUAUCUUCUUCACAUCUGUGUCUGCCACAACAGUCUCAAGCAUGUCAACAGUUGAAAUGGAGGUCUUUUCAAAUACCCAACUAAUUAUUUUGACGAUUUUGAUGUUAUUGGGUGGGGAGGUUUUCACUUCCAUGCUUGGACUUCAAAUCGCAAAGUCCAAAAUUUUUCCCAAAUUUCUUAAUCACAAAGACGACAACAGAGUUGAUGUUGUUGUUGAUAAUACAAGACACCAUCCCCCAGACUCUAAUAACAAUAUUUCUUUUGAGCAAGUUGAGUUGGGGUGUGUCAAUGAUCGUUCACAUUUAGAAAAUGAUGAGAAAAAUAAUAUCAAGUACAAGUCCAUUAGGAUUUUGGGUUAUGUAGUUUUGGGAUAUCUUUUAGUGGUUCAUAUAGGUGGUUCUACUUUAGUUUCCAUGUACAUAGCCCUUGUACCAAGUGCAAGACAAAUACUUCAAACCAAAGGCAUCAAAAUCCAAACAUUUUCUAUUUUCACCACUGUUUCUACCUUUGCUAAUUGUGGUUAUGUUCCAACAAAUGAAAACAUGAUCGUUUUCAAGAAAAACUCAGGUCUUUUACUGCUUCUUCUCCCUCAACUCCUCAUAGGGAACACAUUGUAUCCGUCGUGCCUUCGGUUUCUGAUCUGGCUUUUGCAGAAAAUCACGAAGAGAGCAGAAUUCAGUUACAUACUGAAGAAUUAUAAAGAAUUGGGCUACUGUCAUUUGCUAUCUAGUCUUCACUCUUUUCUUCUGGCCUUUACUGUCUUGGGAUUCAUAGUAGCUCAGUUUAUACUAUUUUGUGUCAUGGAAUGGAAAUCAGAAGCCAUGGAUGGUCUAAGUGCGUAUGAGAAAUUUGUGGCCUCAAUCUUCCAAGUGACGAAUUCAAGACAUACCGGUGAAUCCGUUGUUGAUCUCUCUGUUCUCUCUCCUGCAAUCUUAGUGUUCUUUGUGGUGAUGAUGUAUCUCCCGCCAUAUACCACAUUUUUUCCAACAACUAGCGAUUGUCAAGAGACUGCUUCAGCAAAUGGAAGUCGAAUUCGAAAUCCAAUAAAGACUUUGGUGGGUUCUCUAAUAUUCUCACAACUGUCUUAUAUAGCAAUGUUCGUCAUUCUCGUCUGUAUCACAGAGAGAGAUAAGAUGAAGGACGACCCCCUCAACUUUAAUGUGCUCAACAUCACCAUAGAAGUAAUUAGUGGAUACGGAAAUGUUGGAUUCUCCACCGGCUACAGUUGUAAACGUCUAUUGAAACAUGAUAGUGCUUGCGAAGACGCUUGGUACGGGUUUGCCGGAAGAUGGAGUACCCAAGGAAAGUUCGUCCUCAUUCUUGUCAUGAUCUUUGGGAGGCUCAAGAAAUUCAGUAUGAAGCAGGGUAAAGCUUGGAAGCUAUCAUGAUUCUUAACUGAUCGGACUCUAUCUAGGUUUAAUUUCAUACAUAAAUCUUGUACGUAGGUAGCAAGUUGCAUGUUGCAUACAGAUGUUGUGUUGCACAUAGGUGUUGUGUACAAUACAGUACGUGAAGACAAGUUAAUUACAAUCUUUUUGAGCUUCUUUAAAGGCUAGCAUGAACCUGGUGGGCUGAAUACAAGAACGAAAAUAGAAAAAAAAAUAGGUUGGUAAGCUCCGGCCUAUGUAAUAAAACCUUCGAUACCAAAGGAAAAGGACCGCCUCUCAGUUACCACCAAAAUCAACAUCAAACAAUGUCUACAGUAUCUGCCAUUAGCACGGGUCUAAGUCAAAGAGGUUCAUCUUCAAUCCACGAUACAAAACGCUCAGUAUUCAUAAGCCUAGGGAGAAAUCUCACGAGCAACCUUAUUGCAGCUGCUCUGCUACUUCCGAAAACACUCAAAAAGCCAAAACUUCAAGACAAUUCUUGAAUAUCGUCAAUAUGGCAGGUUCAUGUCAUUUCCAUUGAUUACAUCUGCACCACCUUUGGUAUCAACCUCCAACAUCAAUCUAGG